AUGACAAAUAACUGGGGUUCAAGUGCCAUGCGCUCAGCGCUGUCGCAGGAUCUCACUGGCUGUCUUUUCAGCUUUAUCCUCCCACUCCUCCCCACGGCAGAAGAGUAUGCGAUAAAAGAACAAACAAGGCUCCUCUUAGAGAGGAUUAUCGUGCGAGUCAGCCCUGGUGCCCGCCUCACCGCCUUUGGGUCUAUGGCCAAUGGUUUUGCACUCAGGAACUCCGACAUGGAUUUGCAGUGUAUUCUCGACCCAGCCAGCGAGCCACUGUCCUCUGCCGAGCUAACUACUAUCGUCGGCGACCUCAUCAGGCACGAGACCAACUUCCUUGUCAAGCCUCUCCCAAAAGCACGCAUCCCCAUCAUCAAGCUCACCCUCUCCCCCACGCCUUCUCUCCCAUAUGGCAUUGCCUGUGAUAUCGGCUUUGGCGGCCAGCUGGCCUUGGAGAACACCCGCCUUCUCCUCGGCUACGCUUCUGUCGACCCUCCACGCCUCCGCACUCUCGUUCUCUUCAUUAAAGUCUGGUCAAAGAGGCGCAAAAUUAAUAGCGCGUAUAGAGGCACACUCUCCAGCUACGGGUUCACUCUCCUUGUCAUUUUCUUCCUCACUCACGUCAAGCAGCCUCCCGUCCUCCCCAAUUUACAGCGCAUCCCCCCCAUCAGACCCGUCUCUCCCGAGUCCGCUAGCUACGACGGUAGGAACAUCUACUUUUUCGACGACGUCGCUCUCCUUCGCCAGGAGUGGUCUUCUGCCAACACCCAGUCGGUCGGCGAGUUGCUUUGGGAGUUCUUCCGCUUCUACGCCAAGGAUUUCAACUAUACCCACGACGUCAUCUCCAUUAGAACCCAGGGCGGCAUCCUCUCCAAGGACGCUAAAGGCUGGGUCCAGGAUUUAGAGGUUGAUGGCGCCAGCGAGUUUGCCCGAGACAGAAAUCGCCUCUCGAUAGAAGACCCCUUUGAUACCUCGUACAACGUCGCUCGCACGGUGACUGCUGACGGCCUUUACACUAUUCGCGGCGAGUUCAUGCGCGCUUCGAGAAUGCUUCAGACUGUCGGCAAAGUGGACACUCUGCCGUCGCAAGUGUUGGUAGAUCUAUGCGAGGAGCGCGACGACGCUCUCGUGCCUGCACCUUUCACCAGUGGUGUGCGCACACCACGCCCACUCAUCAACCCGUCGCUAGGACCAACUCUGCAGCCGCCGCCGGGUGUAACUACUUUACCAAGCGUUCAAGGCGUGCAUACCGGCUACUCACCGACGCAAACACAAUCGUCUAUCCUCCCCACGCGCAAACCAAGUGAGCAGAUGACAGGAAUGACGGGAUUCGGUGUGUCUGCGUUAUCCUUAUCUUCAUCAUCACCACCUGGAGCAAAUGGAAGCACACUGCAAAACACCCACCAAAAUAUACACACACAAGCACAACCCCGCAGACACUCCUCAUCCCCGUCACAUGCACACGCACUCUCACUUGCGCUGAACGCCGCACAGAGCGAACGCGUCCGCAACGCCCACGAAGAACACCUUAUGUACCAGCAUCCGCAAUCGCACACGAAGCCUCUGGGUAGUGCGUUCUGGGAAGCGGAGAAUCUCGUGUCGGAUGAGAGUACGCGGGCGGAUAUGAGCAGCAGUAUACCACGACGCGCUAGUUCGGGUGCUAACGUGGGUCCGGCGUGGUUGGCGCGUGUGCACGAGCGCAAGUACGCCCCUAAGCACCACCUAAAGGCGACCAUCCCAAGUGUUGUAGGGCCAUAUGCCGAUGCGAGCGUGAGUGGGAGUGCAACUGGCGAUGCUUGCGAGCAUGCGGAGCACGGCGAAUUGGAGAUGGGUUGGACACACCCACACCCACACUCACAUACUCAACCUUUCACGCACGCUCAAUCUCACCCACCCAUUCCCAUUCCCGCCCCCUUGCGCCAUUCACCCCGCCUCGCUAACGCUGCCUUGCACUCGCGGGCAUCGAGCAGCGCUGAGGCGGUCGCUGCGGCAGCAACGACCGCGAAUAGCGUCAACGCGUCGCCAGCCCAGCUCAUACAAAAGCAGAUGGAAGGGGGGAGCGGGAGCUGGAGUGGUACACACAGUCACAUCCACACAAACGCUCAUACAACCACACACACUCCUACCCCCGCCCAGAUGCGCAUACCGACUUUCGUCACCAACGGCGCCGGCCAGCAAAUCAAAAUCACGCCGUCGACAUUUACGCAGCCGUCAGAAGCAAACACCCCGACUAACUCGCCGCCACUGUCGACGACGUCGACGCUCAGUGCACCCGCCCACGCGCCGAAGGAAGGUAGUGGGAUUGAGGUGGGCGAAGGCGAUGAAGACGACGGCGCUACUCUAGGUCUUGGGUUAGGCUUCACCCCUCUCACUUCCUCACUCUCGUCAUCGCAUCCUCGCUACACGUACACAUUCGGUCAGACCCCCUCGCUUAAACCUGAGACUCUCACCACUUCUGCUCUCACCCUCGCAGCUGAUGUGCGCGUACCCCCGCCGCGUAUGUCCGCCCGACGGUGGCUGCGCCUUCAGAAACAGGCCGUGGCACGACACAAGAGUGAGAGUGAGAGUGUAGAAGGCGAUUCAGCGACACGGGAAGGCAGAAAGGGAGAAGGGGAUGAGAAUGGAGAUGGAUUAGCGCAGGUCGAUACGCAAGGCAUGCAAGAAACAGAAACACACUCGCGCCUACUCUCCCCCACACACUCCCACUCCCCCUCUCCCCCUGCUCACACGCGCUCUCUGCCCACCCGCUCGCGCUCAGUGCCAUCAACACCGCGCGUACUUGCCAAGACGCCGCGCGUCGCCAGCACAAGCAGGAGCAGUGGCACAGGCACGUGGAACAGAGAGGGCGAAAUGGAUAGGUAUAGGCACGACAAAUAUGAGAAGGCGAUCAGCGGCGGACGUACUUACUCGCGCAUCAUUCCCAACGCCUCGUCGUCCCUCCCAACCCCUCUCCCACUCCUCGACAAAGUUAGCAUGGGCAACGCGGGUGGCGUCGAUAGAGAUGACCCGCCUUUCAAACCUAAUUUGGGUGGGUUUGCGCUAGAUGAUGGUUUUCCAGCACUAGGGAGCGUCGCGAGUGGUAGUGGCAGUGGCAGUAGCGGUGCUCACACUCACUCUCCCUCUCCCUCUCCCUCUCAUACCCUCCUCCCUGCUAGGAAGAAAUACUCUUGGCAACCUUCUUCCCUUGGCGAAAUCGCAAGCUUACCGAAAACGCCACACAUCCUAAACACACCAGCUAACCACGAAAAACGCAGAUCGGCAAGCGUCGGUAGCGACACCAGCAAGGGCAAGUCGGGCUCCAAGAAAAAGGUAGGCAAGGAAAAGCCUCAGCAUCAGAGAAAACACUCGUCGCAGUCGAGUAAGUAG